AGCGCUGCGCGCGUGCGCCCAGAGAAGCAGGCCGGGUGAGGGGCUGUACCCAGGGUCUGAGAAGCGGAAGUGUAAGGGGCAAGGGUCCUGCCUUCUAGUGCCCCCAUACUUGGAGUGCGCGAUGAGGGCGAAGGGGGAGUUGGGGUCGCGGGGGAAGCUGCCGCCCGGAUCCGGGCCUGGGUGCGGUUGACUUGUCUGUGUAUGUGUCCAGGGAAACAUGGAAUACUGUCUGGCGGCCGCGGCGCUGAACGCGGUGGACCGGCGCUCGCUACAGCGCUCUGCUCGGCUCGGGAGGGAAGUAUUGGAGCGCGCCAAAAGAAGGGCUGUGGACUGGCAUUCUCCAGAGCGAUCCAGAGGCUGCGAGGGGGUCCUUUACGGCCAGGACCCCUACCAGGAACGAUGGUCGGUCCCGGGUCCCCAGAGCCUCCUAGGAGAGAGAGAAGAAAGGCGCCCAACCCUUAGUACUUCCUUCAGGACAAUGGCAGAAUUCAUGGACUAUACUUCAAGUCAGUGUGGGAAAUACUACUCGUCUAUGCCAGAGGAAGGAGGGGCAACCCACGUCUACCGUUAUCACAGAAGGAAGCCUGCAGAAGUGCACGGAUGCUCAGGCUCGGGGCACAGGGAAGAGCAAGUGUGUGCCCGACGUUCCCCACAGCACCUGCCUUGUCUCAAGAGAAACUGCAGAAGAGAGACAUCUGUUGGUCCAGGAAGCAUCUAUCAAACAUCAGAGCAUUCUCAAGAGUCAUCUUGGCCUAUUGAGAACAUCUCUAAGGACCUCUACAUAGAAGUCUAUCCAGGGACCUAUUCUGUCACUGUAGGCUCAGGUGCCUUAAGCAAGAAGACGCAUGUGGUUGCAGUUGACUCGGGGCAAAGUGUGGACUUGGUGUUCCCCGUAUGAUGUUGACAUCACUGCCAUCAUUUCACUCUAGGAAGAAGAAUAAAACCACCCUAUAACUGUCUUAA